UUGCGCUCAAUUGCCAAGCUCGGCGUCUUGGCUCAAAAUGCCCGGGUCCUGCUCGGAGAUCAAGCUGCGGGGAAGAGCUCUAUGCGUUUCCUGGCUUUCCUGGGCCCUCUGGGGCAGCUUGGCCCUUGCUCCGGCUUGCGGGUACGUGAUCGUGAAUUCGGUCUCCUGGUCUGUACCCAACGAGGUGGAAGAAGAGCUGGACAGCUCCUCCAACGAAGAGGCUCUCCCCGCCCUCCUGGAAGAUACCAGCAGCAUUUGGAAGCAGAGCUACCCGGCCUCGGUGUACAAAGAAGAAGAGGAAAUGCGAACCCGGCCGGGAACGGGGAGAUCGAAGCAAAUCUCUUCGCCGUCCCGGAUGUUUUCUUACCGGAGGGAGAGCUCCAAAGGAGCAGACAGCCCAGCUCUUCCUCUGGAGCAAGCAGCCAGAACGGCCCGGUUCCUGAUGCAUCGCCACGGCUGGGGCUUCUUGGCCACGAUAUCAACCCAAGAAAAGAUCCAGGGAGCACCAUUUGGGACUUGUUUAUCUAUCAGUGAUGGCCCUACAGACAACAGCACCGGGAUUCCUUACUUUUACAUGACUCCAAAGGAUAAAACUGUAGCUGAUCUGGUGAAAAAUUCAAUUGCUUCAUUGACAUUACCUGAAGCAGAAGGAGAUUUUUGCAGAAAAACAAUUGUUGACCCCGAUGACCCAAGGUGUACCAGGCUAACUUUUAUUGGAAAGAUGGUUACAGUGCCUCCAGAAGAACUGGAAUCUGUCAAGCAAGCUCUGUUUUCUAGGCACCCCAUAAUGAGAAAAUGGCCUCGCAAUUAUGAAUGGUUCUUUAUGAAAAUGAAUAUUGAACAUAUAUGGCUACAGGACUGGUAUGGAGGAAUUACAAUUAUUACUUUGGAGGAAUAUUUCAGAGCAGUUCCUAGUAAAACGUAAUUGAAUUUUUAAGUAUGAGAAUUCAGCAUUUUCAUAUUUAAUUCAGAACAAAGAGUUUUAUAUACUAUGUUAUCAGGUAUUUAUUUAAUAUUUUUGUGCAAAGUUUUGAAUGUGGCUCUAUCUUAACUGAAGCAGAAUUACUUUUGAACAUUAAAAAAAAAGCUGCAGAUGUUAAACGGUCUGGAGACAGAUCAUGCUAAGUUAUUGCUUAAGGUGUUUUGAAUACUUUUGGAUUUUUAUAAAUAUGAAUCUCACAAGAUCUAUUGAAAUAAUACAGUCUAAAAUUAGGUAGAAAUUGCAAACCUAUAUGUAAUGAGUGGUAUAAUGAUUGUUAUAUUAAUGUCCCUAACUGCUGUUAAUCAAACAUCUAAUAAUGUAUUUUAUAUAUGUUGUAUUUUAAUUAAAUUUAUAUUAUCGAUUUAACUUUUCCAUAGCUACAGAUUUAUCUUUUAAAUGAACAAUUUAGAAAUAGCUUUAUGAAAAAAAUAGAAGAAAACUAAGAUCUGAAACUUUCCAGAAAAGAUUAGAUAAUUUACUUCACUUCAUUAUCUCAGACCAACAUACAAUAUACUAAGAAUACAGCUGCAGUUAUUGUUCUACACGUAAAUAUUAAGCUAUUGCAUCAAACCCUUAUUUCUUCUCAGAACUUUCUUGCUUCAGGAAAAAGAGAUCUGAAGUUUUUACUUCAUUUCCAAUAUUAUAUUUUUGUUAUUGUUUAAGUCUGAACAAGCUACAGAGAGUAUUAACAAUAGACUGUGAAUUUUAAAUAAUGGUUUAUAUUUAUUUAUUUAUUUGAUUGAUUGAUUGAUUGAUUGAUUGAUUGAUUGAUCGAUCGAUUUAUUGACUUGUGUCCCUCCAUUUUACAUUUGUGAGUUCUCAAGAUGACCAAGAAAAGUUAAAAAUGAUAACAUUAGCUAGCUGAUAAUAAAACCAGCACUAAAAUUUAAGCUGUAAUCAAUUAAAUUCUUGAUAAAAUAUGCAUUAGAAAUAUUAAUUCUGGGAGUAGGAGCCAAGCACAACUUACAAAGGCCGGGAAAUAAACAAAAGGCCAUUUCCUGCAUGUCAGAAAGAUAAACCAGUGGGAAUAUCUUCAAGAGGGCUAUUCCUGCUGGUUUUCUUUUUUGUACGCAUGGUAAUAACAGGGCAAGUGUUACAUUAGAGAGAAAGGCCCUGAGCUAUUUAGGAUUUAAAGGUCAUUUCAACACUUUAAAGCACUGGCAACCAAUGUAGAUCUUUCACUAAAGCCACUGUGUGAUUCUGGUAUCUUGACAGCAUUCUAACAACUACAUUUGGAUCAGUGCAGUACUAAUUCUAUUUUUAAUUUGCAGUUCUAUUUUUUCCAAGAAUUGCCCACUAUUAUGUACUGUACUAUUUAUUUAUUUAUUUAUUAUUUAAAUUUCUAUACCGUCCUUCUCCCAAAGGACUCAGGGCAGUUUACAGCCAGAAUAAAACAAUUGAUACAAAAAUUAAAACCAAUUUAAAAAGCGAAAAUUCAAAGUUGGCUGAACACUAUAAAACCAAUAAAAACCCCAUUUAAAAAACCAUUAGGCCAGUCCUGCGCGAUGGAACAGAAGUGUUUUCAGCUUGUGUCGAAAGGUCCGGAGAUCAGGGAGUUGGCGGAUACCCGGUGGUAGCUCGUUCCAGAGGGUUGGUGCCCCCACAGAGAAGGCCCUCCCCCUGGGGAUCGCCAGCCUACACUGUCUGGUCGACGGCACCCUGAGGAGACCCUCCCUAUGGGAGCGCACUGGUCGAUGGGAAGCUGCUGAUGGCAGCAGGCGGUCCCGUAAAUAACCCGGUCCUAUGCCAUGGAGUGCUUUAAAGGUGGUAACCAACACCUUGAAUUGCACCCGAAAGACCACCGGAAGCCAGUGCAGCCUGCGCAGGAGGGGUGUUAUAUAGGAGCAACGAGUCGCUCUCUCUAUCACCCGCAUGGCCGCAUCCUGAACCAGUUGGAGCCUUUGGGUGCUCUUCAAGGGGAGCCCCAUGUAGAGAGUGUUGCAGUAGUCCAGACGGGAAGUGACGAGGGCGUGAGUGACUGUGCAUAAGGAUUCCUGGUCUAAGAAGGGACGCAACUGGCGUAUCAGGCGAACCUGAUAAAAAGCUCCUCUGGCGACAGCCGUCAUAUGCUCUUCCAACGACAGCCGUGCAUCCAGAAGGACGCCCAGAUUGCGGACCCUCUCUGUGGGGGCCAAUGACUCGUCCCCCACAGUCAGCGAUGGCAUCAGCUGAUUAUACCGGGAUGCUGGCAUCCACAACCACUCGGUCUUGGCGGGGUUGAGUCAGAGCCUGUUUUUCCCCAUGCAGACCCGCAUGGCCUCCAGAUACCGGGACAUCACUUCAACGGCUUUGCUGGGGUGGUUAGGGGUGGAAAUGUACAGCUGUGUAUCAUCAGUGUACAGAUGCACCGCACCCCAAAAUCACGGAUGAUCUCGCCCAGCAGCUUCAUAUAGAUGUUGAACAGGAGAGGCAAGAGAACCGACCCCUGAGGCACCCCACACAAGAGGUGCCUCGCAGUCGAUCUCUGCCCCCCUGCCAACACCGUCUGCGACCGGUCAGAGAGGAAGGAGGAGAACCACUGAAAAACAGUGCCCCCCAUUCUUAACCCCUCCAGGUGCCGCAGCAAGAUACCAUGGUCGAUGGUAUCAAAAGCCCCUGAGAGAUCUAAUAGGACCAGGGCAGAGGAACAACCCCUGUCCUGGGCCCUCCAGAGAUCAUCCAUCAAUGCAACCAACGCCGUCUCUGUGCUGUACCCAGGCCGGAAACCGGACUGGAACGGGUCCAGAUAGACAGUUUCAUCCAGGUACUGAGGGAGCUGAUGCGCUACCACACUCUCAACAACCUUCACCACAAAACGAAGGUUGGAGAACGGAUGAUAGUUCGAUAAAACAGCUGGAUCCAGGGAGGGCUUCUUGAGGAGGGGCCUCACCACCGCCUCUUUCAAAGCUGUAGGGAAGAUACCCUCCCUCAAAGAAGCGUUAACAAUUCCCUGAAGCCAGCCUCGUGUAACCUCCUGUGUGGCCAGUACCAACCAGGAGGGACACGGGUCCAAUAAACAUGUGGUUGCAUUCAACCUCCUCAGUAUCCUGUUCAUGUCCUUGGGAGCCACAGUGUCAAACUCCUCCCAGAUGACAGCCUCAAGAUCCGCCUCUGUCAUCCCAUCCGAGACUACCCAAUCUGUGACCAGCCCAUCCCGAAUCUGAGCGAUUUUAUCGUGCAGAUAUUGUCCAAAAUCCUCAGAACGGCCUUGCAAGGGAUCUUCCCUAGCUCCCUAGGUAAGAAGGGAACGGGUCACCCUAAACAAGGCUGCUGGGUGGUUAUCUGCCGACGCAAUAAGAGUGGAGAAAUACUCAUGCUUCGCCGCUCCUAUCGCCACUAGAUAGGUCUGAAUAUGAGACCUUACUAGUGUUCGGUCAGGUUCAGAAUGGCUGGCCCUCCAACCACUCUCUAGGCGUCUUUUCCGGCGCUUCAUCUCUCUCAGCUCCUCAGAAUACCAAGGAGCCGGUCGAGAUCGGUGCUGGGUCAGAGGCCACAAAGGCACUACGUGGUCCAAGGCCCCCGCCGCCGCCCUUUCCCAGGCGGCGAUGCGUUCUUCAGCCAAGUCGUGGGCUAGGUCCUCAGGAAGUGGCCCAAGCUCUGUCAGAAACCUCUCCAGGUCCAUCAAGCGCCUGGGACGGAACCAACACGUCGGUUCCGUCUCCCUGCGGUGAGGGUUGGCAGUUCAAAUGUCCAACCGAAGGAGCGAAUGAUCCGACCAUGACAAGGGUAGAGUAACUAAAUCCCUUAAUUCAAGAUCAUUCAGCCACUGUCCAGAGACAAAGAUUAAGUCCAGAGUGUUUCCCCCAAUGUGAGUGGGACCAUCAACUAACUGGGUACUAGUUGAGAUGGGACACAAUCAAGGCACAAAUCAUCUCCAAGCCUAGUGGUUCAUGAAUUGUCAUGCCUGGCAUAACAGGUGUUUUCAUUGUGAAAAAUCAUUCCUCUCUGUAGCAGGUUUUAAAUCAAAUGCCUACAAACUUAAGGCCGCUAAAACUGAGCAAGUUCUCCCACAUUACAAAUCCAGUCUCUUGGGGAAGCAUAGCCCUGUCAUUUGGACACAAUGAGAUACUACACUUAAUUAAAAAGCAUAAGCUUUGACAUUGAAUUCCCAGAGACCUGAAUAGAGAAGGGGUAUAAGACUAGGUCAGCCUAAAUAUUUGUGAUAUGGCAUAUAGCAACCCACAUAUGGCAACUUCAACUCAGCCAAGUUGAAGAUAUUACUAGCCCACAAUAAGGCAUUCCUCCUUUUUAUGCUGAUGUUAAAAACAACCCCUUUUUAAAAGUUAAGGAAUAAUUUGUUUUAUUUUGGGACCAGUUAAUAUAGAACAGACUAGCAUUCUUAAAUAACCCCAGCAUCACCUAAUAUGUAGGAUAGAUUUUAGAGCCAGGCCAGUUUCAAGUGUGCAUGUUUCUCCUACACCUCCCAAUAGUUUCAUUUAUUACAUUUAUAUCAUCUCUUCAUACUGUAACAUUAUGUUCAUGGUGAUCAGAACUGACAAUAAUGGGUUGUUACAUCUAGAAAUGCUCUAAAUUAUAUAUUUUAGCCAUUUUAUUUUGCUUGUAUCCAAGAGAAGGUCAAUGGAACCUUGUAAAUUCUUUACCCCCAUAGUAAAUUUCAGAUGGCUUUCCUGUACUGGAAUUAUUAUUUUAAAAUGACAAGCAAAAGAUGACAAGGAAAAGAUGGAUCAAUAGAUUUUAUUCUUAUUUAUGAAGAAGAGUAAAAUAUUGUAAUGUGCAUGCUCUCAUUGUUCAGAGUAAAACAGAAUGACAUGUGUUGGUUUGAUUGUGCUUCACUAGUACUGUAUAUUGAAAGUGAUGCAUUUUUGUGCCUUUGGUGUAUUUUUAGAGUGAUAAACAAAGGACAUCAUCAAGUUGCUCUUAAGAAUUCCAUUCAGAUCUAUCAUAUCAAACACUAGAACUAUCAAAAACUAUCAAAAACAAUCAAAAACAAUCUAGCAUGAUCAUGCAUUUAAGUGAUUUACAAUCAAAAAGUAAGAAUAUUUCUUUUGAAGAGUAGCAUAAAUCUUUUAACAUGGCAUAGAAAAUUGUGUUUGUCAAUUAUUUUAUAUACAGCAUUUUACAACAGAUCUUUAGCAAUGUAUAAUUACUGUAAAUAGCACAAUAUUAAUUUAUGCCCCAAAUUUAAUGUGAUUUAACUAUUCUGAGUUGUCUUUAUAUUUUGUAAAAAUGUCCUGGUAUCUCACACAAAUAUGGCUUUUGUGGUGCCAAGAUAAAAGCAACACACAUCUUCUGUUCCUGUUGGAGGUACAUGCCUGUUGGAGGUACAUAACAUUUGCAUAUGGGCAACACAUGAUUUAUGUAGUUUGUUGACGGCAAAGUGAGUUGUGCCCAGAAGUAUUUUGGGAGCUGUUUCAAUAGUUUUGAACGAGAAAUAGUAAUGUGUGAAGAAUCUAUUUCGCUUCCUCACCUUCACAUGUGCAAAGUUUGGGUCCUUUCUACUUUGCAAGCUUUAGGAAAUAUAAAAGAGCUACUAAAGGUAGGAGUCUGCAAAUUUUAUUCUGCUAGUCAUUGUCAACUAUAGGGGGCAGUGCUCAUCUAUUUCAAGGCCAUUGAACCAGCGCUGUGCAAAGACAUUUCUGCGGUCAUGUGACCAGCAUGACAUCAUGGAGCAUUGGAGCACUGUUACUUUCCCACUGAAGUGGUACCUAUUGAUCUACUUGCAUUUGUAUGCUUUCAAACUAUUAGGUUUGCAGGAGCUCAUCCUGUCAUGUGGAGCUCAGGACUCGAACCUAGCUGACUUUCCAGCUGACAAGCUCAGCUCUUAAUCUCGCAGCCACCAUGCCACCUGCUAAUGAACUGUUUAUUUAUUCAUUUAUUUAAUUUAUCAAAUUUAGAGAGUUAGCAACUGUCCAUCUCUCAGAGCCAUUCUUUUUGGACCAGUGGUGGAGACAUUUCCCCCGCUUCAGUUGAAGGAUGCAUCCAUCCUCAUAUAGCUUUCCACCUUCAAAAGAUUCCCAUUUUGUUUUUACAAUAUCUAUUAAAAUAUAGAAGUCAGAAUAAAUGUCUGCCAAACUCCUCAGUGAGGUAUUCUUCAGCUAAACAUUUCCCUAGUUGUGAUUUAGUGAUGUCGUGUAAAAUUUCCUAUGGAGAACUUAAUCUUGUUGAUUUUGACUGGCAAAGUAAAAUCAUUAUAUAUUCAAUCAUAAAAAGGGGUAUUCAGAAACAGAGACUUAACAUGUACAGUAUUUUAAUAUACUUAUAUUAUCUCUGAUAUUAGUAUUUCAAAAGUCUAGCAGGUGUUAAGCUCUCUUUCUAACAAAACAGCUCCAUAAUAACCAUGUUUUAUAUCUGCUAUAUCACUGGUGAAAAAUUUAUAUAUUUAAAAUAUAAUUUCAACUGGGUACAAUUACACAAUGAGUAAUAUAGUAUCUGUGGAAGAACUAAGCAUUGUUUUAUCUGCUACUUAACCAAAGAAUGUAUUUCAAAAAUAUUUUCCUCAACUGGAUAAAAAUAUUUUCCUUGUUUUGCCCUACUUGUCCACUUGCACUUAUGAAUGACUUGAUCAUUGUAACACACUUAUAAAACAUUAAAUGUUAAUAAAAUCAAAUAUUAAUAAAGUACUAAUGGAAAUGGCAAUUAUUUUAUUAAUAAAAUACAUUAUUGCCUGGUGUAAUAUAUGAACUCAGCCAUUUAAGUCCAAUCAUUUUUUCCAGUAAUACUGUAUGUAAUCACAUUGGCUUGGAAAUCUGAGAAUUGUAAUCACAAUUCAAGAUCAUUGAAAAAUAAAACAGUUAAGAAGAUUAAGUGCCAGAAACAGGCAUGCAUGUAAAACUAAGAAAACAACAAUAAACGAGGGUAUACCAUAAUGUAUAUGGUUUUUUUUCAUAAAAAUGUAUAUGGUUUUUUUUCAUAAAAGCACACACACACA